UUGUUAGGGAGAGCUACAUCCCACCGUUUCUGGGUCAAUCGAAAUCAUGCACACUAGCACUACUAGUAGACUGCUUUAACAUACGACUUAUUCACAUUGUUUUCUCGCGAGAUAUCAGUUUUUUCCCAGCAGUGCCUUAAACAGUUUUUCUUCCUAUUAACGGGCGCGCGCGCUGUCGUAGUAAUAGGCGGAGGAAAAAAAAGCCGGCAUAGUGAACGCGCUUUCUUUUACGCGCCCUGUUUAGUCUGUGUCUCCCGCCAGCGGUGCGUGGUAUUGGUUGCACGCGCAUCCACCCGGGAGCACUGUUUUUCUUUUGAAGCUGCGUGGGUUUUCUUUCUUUCCGUGUGUCGCGGACAUUGUGAUUAAGUGCUCAGCAUCAUGUCGGCGGAAGAUGUGGAACAACAGGGGCCAGUUCCCGAUACUAUGUUGAAAGAAGAAGAAAAGGAUAGUGAAAACAAAGCUGCUAUGGAGUUGGAUGCUGAUGACCAAAAAAAAGAGUCAGAGCCUGGCGGGACCGAGACUGCAGCAGAUGAGAAAGAGGAAGCCAUGGAGGACGUUGAAGCUGAUGGUGACUCUCCAAAUAAAUCAAAGGAAGUUAAUGAAAUGGACCCAGCCUAUGAAGAAAAAAGGAAAACGGACAUGUCCAACAGAUUUGAGUAUCUUUUGAAGCAGACGGAGCUAUUUGCACAUUUUGUUCAACCAGCUGCGCAAAAGACGCCAACUUCCCCUUUAAAAAUGAAACCUGGUCGUCCUCGUCUAAAAAAAGAUGAAAAACAAGACUUGCUGUCUGCUGGAGAUUAUCGACAUCGCCGAACUGAACAGGAAGAAGAUGAGGAGCUCUUGACAGAAAGUUCCAAGGCAACUAAUAUUUGUACAAGAUUUGAAGACUCCCCUUCUUAUGUGAAAAGUGGUAAACUGAGAGAUUAUCAAGUCAGAGGACUUAACUGGUUAAUUUCUCUGUACGAGAAUGGCAUCAAUGGUAUCCUGGCUGAUGAAAUGGGUCUUGGUAAGACGCUGCAAACAAUUAGUCUUCUGGGAUAUAUGAAACACUAUAGAAGUAUUCCUGGCCCUCACAUGGUGUUGGUUCCAAAGUCUACCUUGCACAACUGGAUGGCUGAAUUUAAGAGAUGGGUACCUAGCCUGUGUGCAGUUUGUCUCAUAGGUGAUAAGGAUCAGAGAGCUGCCUUUAUUCGCGAUGUGCUGCUUCCUGGUGAAUGGGAUGUAUGUGUGACCUCCUAUGAAAUGUUGAUAAAAGAGAAAUCAGUAUUCAAGAAGUUUAAUUGGAGGUAUCUAGUGAUUGAUGAAGCUCACAGGAUAAAGAAUGAAAAAUCUAAGCUUUCUGAAAUUGUGAGAGAAUUUAAAACUACAAAUCGUUUGCUGCUUACUGGAACACCACUUCAGAAUAAUUUGCACGAACUGUGGGCACUUCUGAACUUUCUGUUGCCUGAUGUCUUUAAUUCUUCAGAGGAUAGAGCACACAGAAUUGGUCAAACAAAAACUGUGAGGGUGUUCAGGUUUAUCACAGACAACACUAUUGAAGAACGGAUAGUAGAGCGUGCAGAGAUGAAACUGAGAUUGGAUUCCAUAGUCAUUCAGCAAGGAAGAUUAGUUGACCAGAAUUUAAAUAAGCUUGGAAAGGAUGAAAUGCUUCAGAUGAUUCGACAUGGUGCUACUCAUGUGUUUGCGUCAAAAGAUAGUGAAAUUACUGAUGAAGAUAUUGAUGCCAUCUUAGAAAGAGGGGAGAAAAAAACUGCUGAAAUGAAAGAGAAGCUUUCAAAUAUGGGUGAAAGUUCCCUGAGAAACUUUACUAUGGACACUGAAUGCAGUGUGUACAAUUUUGAAGGUGAAGAUUACAGAGAGAAGCAAAAGAUGGCAUUUACUCAGUGGAUUGAGCCACCAAAACGUGAGCGAAAAGCGAAUUAUGCUGUGGAUGCAUAUUUUAGAGACGCUCUACGUGUUAGUGAGCCAAAAGUACCAAAGGCUCCCAGGCCACCCAAGCAACCAAACGUUCAGGAUUUCCAGUUCUUCCCUCCACGUCUUUUUGAGUUAUUGGAGAAAGAAAUACUAUAUUACAGAAAAACAAUUGGCUAUAAGGUGCCACGUAAUCCUGAGCUUCCAAAUGCAGCCCAAGCACAAAAGGAAGAUCAACAAAAGAUUGAUGAAGCAGAAGUACUAAAUGAUGAAGAGCUGGAAGAAAAAGAAAAACUUCUGACACAAGAGUAUUUCCCCUAA